AUGCGGUUUCCGGAGCCGCAGCAGGCGCGCGGCCCCUCCCGCCGCCGCGCGUCUCGCCGGACGACGCCGCAACGACCCGCCUGCACUGCGAGCGCUGCGGGGGAUGGCAAUGAUGCCCCGCCGCGCGGCGGGGCACCAGGCCACGAGCGCCCCCUCUGCCGCGCCCUCGUCAUCGGGGACCGGGGCUCCUUUUCGCAACCCAUUCGGUGGGGACGGGCGUGCACGACGACGGCGCCCGGCGCGCGGGACAGCGACUUAGUCUGGGACUGCACUGGGGAGAAGGAAUUAGCUGCAUGGAGGGGGCGAGCGCGACGGAGGCAAACCCGCCGGCGAGAGACGCGGACGGUACGAGGGAGUUGUGCGCUGCCAUUUGGCGACGUGGAGCCGCAUGGAAGUUAA